AUGAAGCUCUCGAGUGCGGUGAGUCGGAGCCCCUCGCCCCGGGGGAGGGAGAAGGAAACGAAGGGCCGGAGCCCGUCGCCUCAGUGACCGGCUCGGAAGGCGCUCGCUGCGGGUCGGGCAGCACAAAUGAAAAUAAGAAGAAUAGUCCCGAAGACUCUCCUGUGGGUUUGGGGAGAGGAGGCAGGACCCCGAAGCUUGUAUGCAUACGUCCACGCACUCCCCGCAUUUAAGGUUUGAAUGUCGGGGGCUUAACACUUAAACUUUUUUUGUUUUGUUUUUUAAAAACGCGGUUUAUAUAUAGGGGGUACAUUCUGCACUGGCUAUCAAUGGAUAUGGUGUGGGUUGAUGGGCACAGGGUCACACUUGGACCGAGGAGGCCUGAAGUUUAAUUCCGUGGAAAAGCAACUUAUUUCUCAUCAGUCUUAUCUCACGAAGUUUAAUUUGGGAAUAAAGUCGUGGGUGCCAGCCAGCUUCUUGAAAGAAGGGCAAAAUGCAAAUGAAAAGAAAUAAUCUGGCUUUAUUUUAAAAUGGCUCUAAUCUUGUUUUCUGUACUGAUUCGGCAACAUUUGCAGUGUAAUAUUUUGCUGCUGCUCACAGAUGAGGUCACGCACGAGGAAAUGGUACAGUGGAGAGGGAGAACUGAAUAGACCCUCCAGAUGUUGUAAAAUGUGGCUCCCCCCAUCCCUGGCUUUUGGGCAUCCUGGCUCUGGCUGAUGGGAGUCCAAGAGCGGCUGGGGUGCCACUGGCUUUCCACCCCUGAUGUUUAGGAUUGCAACCUCAGCCUUGUGUUUAUCAGCCUCACUAAUUAUCAUAAGUGUUAUGUAAACAUGCUUGCUUUUGGGUUGUUUUUUUUAAAGAUUAUUUACAUACUGCUCUUUAUCUAGUGAUCCCAGGCCAGUUAAAAAACACACACGUAUGAUGGAACGUUUGUAGUCCAUUUUAAUCCUAAAUAACUAUUUUCCUCUCAGUAUUCACAUCUGCUACUUCAGAUUAGAAGAACUGUUUCAUCCAUAUACAUAUUCUGAAAGGAUGGAAAAACAUUCUUUUUUCGCUACUUUGAAACACUAUGCUAAACACAUUGUCACUGAAAAAUGUUAAAGGGUGCCUUAUCACAGACCUACUCUAGUCUUUUUACAAUUUGGACGCGGGUGGCGCUGUGGGUAAAACCUCAGCGCCUAGGACUUGCCGAUCGUAUGGUCGGCGGUUCGAAUCCCCGCGGCGGGGUGAGCUCCCAUCGUUCGGUCCCAGCUCCUGCCCACCUAGCAGUUCGAAAGCACUCUUAAGUGCAAGUAGAUAAAUAGGUACUGCUUUAUAGCGGGAAGGUAAAUGGCAUUUCCGUGUGCUGCGCUGGUGCUGGCUCGCCAGAGCAGCUUCGUCACGCUGGCCACGUGACCCGGAAGUGUCUCCGGACAGCGCUGGUCGCCGGCCUCCUAAGUGAGAUGGGCGCACAACCCUAGAGUCGGACACGACUGGCCCGUACGGGCAGGGGUACCUUUACCUUUAUAUUGUAUAUACAGUCAUACCUCGGGUUGAAUGUGCUUCAGGUUGAGCGCUUUCGGGUUGCACUCCGCGGCAACCUGGAAGUAACGGAGUGCAUUACUUCCGGGUUUCGCCGCUCGCGCAUGUGCAGACGCUCAAAAUGACGUCACGCGCAUGUGCGGAAACGGCAAAGCGCGGCAUGCGCCGUCGCAUCUUACGUUCCAUUCAGGAUGCAAACAGGGCUCUGGAAUGGAUCCCAUUCGCAUCCUGAGGUACCACUGUAUACUAUAGAAAAACAUGCAGUUGUUUUUAAGAAUAAUCUGCACUAAACUGCAAGAACAUGUUAAUUCCUAGAGCUGCAGAUAAAGAAUGACAACAGAAAUAAGCUGUCACUGCCAGAGGUUUUAUUUAUUUAUUUAUUACUGCAUUUAUAACCCACCUUUCCUCCAAGGAGUUCAAGGUGGAGUACAUGCCUCUCUUUCUUUCAGUUUAACAUCAAUAACAACCCUGUGAGGUAGGUUAGGCUGAAUGUCCCAAGGUCACACUUCGUACCAGAGUAGGGAUUUGAACUCUGGCCUCUCAGAGUAGAAAGGUAUUGCCAGGUAUUACUGCAGUUACUCUCAUAACAAUGAAUGCUGUGGGGCUACUUCAUAGUAAGUAAGUGUCUGUCCUAGUUACUCUGGUGAUGCCACGUACAUAAGAUUGCACUCUUGCAUGCCAUCCUUUUUCAUGUGGAAUAAUUAUCACACCUUGAUUUUGUGCUGUCUCACAAGUACAGAUUAGAAUCCCUCCUUUUUACUCAUAAGCCUAAAUGAAAGUUGGGGAUCAUUAUAUCCUUUUACUGCUCUUUGAUCAGUGUAUGGCAUUUUCUAAACCAGACGUGCAAUUUAGAUAUUGGAGAGUGACUUACUGAAAGGGGAAAAGUUCACUUUCUCCUAAAUUGAGACCGAAUGCUGGUGUGCAUUGUGUGUAAGGAAGAAGUAUUAUGCAACCUGUAAAAGAACAUUAUGGAUCCAUCCUAGUUAAUAAAUUCCAUAUUUUCAUGUUGACAUGUUUUUUCCUGUAAAUUUAUAAUCAUGGACAUAUGCUUCACCGGAGAGCCGCUAUUGCUGAUUGUGUGAAGAGAAAAACUGGAAAUAGGACUCUGUGAACCAGUCCUAGAUGCCUCAGUGCCUGGCUUAUGGUGUUGCCUUGUUCCAUCAUCUCUGAAUCAUUUCCUAGAUAAGACAGAAGUAGAAUCUAGUUCAUCGUAGAGUUUACUUGGAGGACUUGGUUGAAAAGGUGUUAGGACCUGUCAGUUAGGGCAUGAGUAGCCAAUGUUGUACCUUCCAGAUACUUUUGGAUUCUACUCUAAAACUAUAGCAUAGCCAGUAGUCUGGAAUUAUGGGAGUUGUAUUCCAGCAGCCUCUGGAAGGCACCAUAUUAGCCACUCCUGGUUUUUCCAUGGUGCUGGCAGGGUGUUGUGCAAAGACCUGAGAAAGUCAAAGAUGGGCUGGCCACUGAAAGAUGGGCAAUAACAUGCAGAUGAUACUAGGAUCUUCUGACGCACUGGUGAAUAUAUGUGUGCAGAGAGCCUCUUUACAUCUUCUGCUCCUAGGUGAGAGGGAAGUUGGAGCAUUCCCACAUCACCUCUUAUGUGCUCCUGCAGUGAAACUUCAUUGGAAGAGACACGCAAGGAUGUGUGGCUGCUACUGUUGUGACAGUCCUCUUCAGUAGUCUCUGGAGUCAGAGACAAUUGAUGAAGUGCUGUUCUUAUGGGGUGUGGUUUUCUAAGCAGAGGGGACAUGCAGAAAUCUGUUUACUUCCUCUCAUCUUCUCUCUGUUUAUGAAGCCAAUAAGUAGUUUGGAUUGGCUAUCAAAACAUGUUUCUUGUUCCUUUAAACUUAGUGGGAAAUGAUGACAAUUCUCUUUUAAAUCAGUGUCUUGUGAUCCUUAAAUUUACUAGAUUCUGUGUCUUAUAAUUCCCCUCCCAGAUCCUUGGCCAUGGAGGAUAUGACUCUGAUUUUAGUGAUGAUGAAACAGCAGAGAAAUCGGACCAGCAGAAAAAUAGGUAAUGCCUUUUACUAGUAGUAUUAUAAGAUCCUUCCUAGGAGUGUAAAUGACAGACUCCUUCGUCUUCUUUCUCUCAAGCUUGACAGAGAGUGCUGUCUCCAAUGAGGAGUGGGGUAGGGGAGAACUGCUGUGCUCAUCUAGUGUCUCUGUGCCAUCUCAUUUCUUGCAGUUCUGUGCUUCAUCUCUACAAGAACAGCACUGAGGCCUAGUUGGUCCUUUAGUUUGAUUUUCCCUCUGCCACAUCUCAGCAGGAUUAAUCAAGCAACUGAAUGAGAGAUCAAAGCAGUCAAAGCCAGGUGGCAGCAGGCUUUGAAAGAAUAAGACACCUGCUGGAAGGGAAUGGAGUGCUCUUGCUGCUUGAUUAUUAUAUCCUAUUACUCGUUUUUGUGGCAACUAAGGGUGCAAUCCUAUGCACACUUACCUGGGAGUAAAUCCCUAAACAUGCCUAAAUAAUUUAUUUAUGUGGAUUAUUUAUUAACCUAAUGGUUAGUUGCCUUUCCUGUGCUGAAGACAGCAUUCAAGAGCAAAAAUAACAACACCAAAACCAGCUGGGGCUGUCUGCUUAACUUCAGGAGAGUAGAUCAAAGAAUAUAACUUUCUUGCCACAGCCUUGGCUGAAUGUCAGUUCUAGUGCAACAUUUUCUACACACUGGGCUGGCCUAACCGUAGCACAUCAGCACAUUGCAGAGAGUGCCAAACUUCCUGUCUCAGCUGUAUAACUGUCUUGGAGAAAGAACUAGAGCUUCCCUGUUUAGAAGACAUGCACAAAGGCAGCUAUGCAGCUCAUUGGGUUGCAUUCCAGGGAUAGAUCUUUCAUCUCUACCAGCUGCUCAGAGCAUCAGAAAAGUUGUAAACAUGUAGAUGUAAAGAAGUGACAGACAUUAAACUUGAAAAUAAGAAAGUAGUUUCCUAGUUAACUCUUGUAAUGUUGCUCAGAUGUCAAGAGAGGGAUGCAAUUUUAUUUGCAGAAAAGAAACCUUAGUGAGCUUUCUUUGCAUGGUAGUCCUUUAGGAGCGAUUCCUAUGGAGAACUAACACAUAGUGCUGAAUAUCUAGAGAUUUGCUGGAGUUUAAACCCAUAUAAAAGCUGCAUGUUCCAAUCUGUAAGCCCUUGCUCCUGAUCCCAGAUGUCUGAGUACUACUUAUUGUUAUUUAGGAAUGUGGACUUUGGGGUUUUUCUCAUGGGCCAACACAGCUUCCUUUACCCAGUAAGUUAGAGAUCAGUGCCUGGAAAAUCCAGGGUCAAGUCUGACUCCUGAGGAUGAUCCAUUGGCCUUCCAAUUGCUAAUCCAGAAGCAAGAGAGGUGUGUAGAGGAAGCUCAUGCUGUAGCAGUGGGAGUUGCUGGCCUUGCUCUAUGCCGUGGGGGGUGGGGGGGCGAAUGAGUGGUGGUGUAGACCAACCUCCUACCUCCCAUCCCUUCUCCAAGUGGUCCAACUAAUUAUUGACAGGGGGUAAGCUUUACUUUUAACACUAAGUUGCUCCUCUUUUUAUACGUAUUUUCUUCUAAUAACCAACUCUGUGUGUUUCCCCUCCUGCAUGAUAAGGAAUGAAGAUGCAUUACUCAAAAAGCCCUUCCAGAAAGAAAAACAGAGCAAGGUGGCCCACAGACAGGUGGCGACAGAUGAAUGGGACAGGUACUUUGCCAUACUUAUGGAAUGUUUUCAGAACAGCAUUAAGCACAUGGCAUGUAGACAACUAGAAUAACAUUGUUGUUUUUACCAGGGAAGAAGCAAGAAAUCAAAGAUUUCAUUUCCUAGCAUUGGAUGCUGUAUCCUUUGAAUUUGCGUUGAUGAAAAAACAGUUCGUCUUAAUUUUGAGAAGAAGAGGAAACUUCAUGAAAGAGACCUUUGUUUGAGAGGUUGCUUCCUUAGGGAUAUUUCAUUUCUCAUGAUCUAAGAGAGGAAUUUGCUGAACAAAGUUAAGUACCAGCCAUUAAAUUUGCCACAUGUAUAAUAUUGGUUAUAUGUAAGUUUUUCUAGGAAGCACUCUUGUGGCACAGUGUGGAUCUCAUUUCUACCACCUGCCAAUACCACCUGCUAGAACAAUUUAUUCCUUCUGAACUCCCAACAGAAACACCAACUUGACUUGACACAACCGGCCCACCCACCACUCCUUCAGUAUGAUCUGGAGCAGAACUGACAAUAUGAUGACCUGAGAGGGAGUCAUUGAGUGAAAUUGAACUCUUUAGUAAUAGAUGUGCUGCUCUUCUUCUCCAGGAAGGUGACUGAAGGCUGUCGGAGAGAGCAAAAGAGGAGGCAAAUGGAUUGCAGCUCCUCAUAGUGAGUCUCAGUGCCCUUUUCUUGUUACAAGGGGAAUUCAGCAGGUGUAGCUACUGCAGCAGGUUGAACAGUACCAGUUGCAGUCAGUAGGGCAGGUGGGGUAGCAUCGCUCACCUGGCUUGUGAGCAUCUCUGCCAGUUGCCAGGAGGAGAGCUCAGUGUGGGCACAGUGGUGGAGCCACUCUGACGCCAUUAUGCCCACAGCCACACUUUGCAUUGGGGAACCAGGUGAGCAGUGCCACCACACCACCACCCCAAAUGCUAUUGGGUAUGACAUAAAGCCUUCGUCAAUUGAUUAGGAGAACUAACUUGGACUCUCCUACUUCUGUUCUUGCUGUCUUUAAGACAACAAAUGUGUGGAUGGAAGAGAGGUAUGACUCCAAAGCUGGAUUCUAGUCAAUAAUAUGCAGGCAGUGAGCACUUCACUCCUGAUACCUCUUCAAUGAAAUGCGGUGUUAAUAGUUGAAUAGUUUGUGUCUUUUGCUCGGUAAGCAUAUUCCAUUGUUUUGCUUUACCUCAUUUUUGGGGAGUAGCAUUCCUUGUCUGUCAUGAAUCCAGCUGAUGGAUGGAUUGCUUUCUCUAUUUACAUGGAGCGGGGUGUCCUUAGUUCAGCUUCAUAUAUAUUAGGCCUGUGUCAGCAAUAGUGUACAAAGUUCAACUGUCUAUGCCUUGUCUUGUAAUAUUUAGUGCUAUAUCCUAGGGGCAGAGCUCUCUGUCUAUAUUUGUAUACGUGCUGUGUAAGUUAGAAGCUUGAUAAAUGAUUUAUGAUAGCAUGGCUGAAAGCCUGUUGCUUUAUUGACAAAGGAAGCAACACUUCUAGACGUCUUUUAUGUAACCAGUUCUGGAACAAUUCUAAAACAACUAAAUAUUCUGCCCCCACCCCUGCAGUUACUUGCCUAUAUUUAUUGAGUUGUCCUUGGUUAAAAAUAACCAGCACAGAAGAAGCCGGUGUAAAAAAAAAAAUUAUAAGACAUUAUAUCGGGAAUUACCAUAUUAUUAGUAUUUUCCUUGUUCAGUAUUUUCAUCAGAAAACUACGUCAUGUGGUCAUAGUUCUAAUUUUGCCAAUUGCACUGUGGUUGGCACUUGUAUGAAAUGGCCCAAAUUGGAACCUUCCGGUGUAGAUUUUAUUUUGGAGUGGUAAAAUUUUGUCACUAGAUUUGCCAGUCUCCCCAACUUCUCUCUUGCAGAAAUCUUUGUCUUGUUCCUUGAGUGGUCCUUCAUAUGCUGAGUGAGCCAUUUCCAAAUUUGUUAGGUGUAGGCAGAGUUCUUUCAGCAAAGGAAUGAUAGAUUUCCAGUUAUCUUAUUUCUUUUUUGGGAAGCAGGAAAAUGCUAUCAGCAAAUUCCUUAAUUUUUGUCAGUAUGCAAGACAUAAGAAAAUGGUCAAUGACUAUAUUUUGUACUACGGUGGCAAGAAAGAAGAUUUCAAACGUUCAGGGUGAGUACAAAAUAAUUACAGAAGUCUGUCUGCUUUCAGAAGUUACCAAGUCUGUAAUCUUAUGCAUAAAUAAUAGAGAGCAAGUUAAAGUGAAAUCACUGAGGGCGUACUUUUGAGUAAAUAGGAGUGGGCCGUGCGGAAGUAAACUCUGGAUAAUUCAGGAGUGCUUCACAUGUUACAAUUUACUUGCAUCCAUCCCAUGUUGUUGUUUGUGUUGGGGAAAAGCAAUACAGUGCAUUGAUAUAGUGCAGAGUAGGGGGUGGGGCGAGAAUCUCAUCCCACAGCCAUGUAAGAUGAAGGCAGAACAUCUCAUUUGGUCUUGAAGAGGCCAGUGAGCCCUGCACAGAAGAGUGGCAGGAUGGACAGGUGCCAUGUUUUCCCCAACUCAGUUGGGAGGCAGACUUCAGGCAUUUUACAGCCAGCCAAAACUACCUCCCCAUUGGCUCAGGAGCAGCAGUUGUGGCUGGUUGCUUAAGUCUUUCCUGCCUCCAUCUCCUCCUUGCUGAAUUGCAAAAUGUUCCACCCUUUCAAAUGCUGCAGAAGGGCAGGGACAAACAUUGCUCAUUGUGUAUUUUGUAUGCAUUAUGUGCCACUUUGGACACAGAUUUUUCUGGAAAAGUGAGCUAUAAAAUGGAACUGAAUGUGUUAGAGAUUCUGAAAGGAAAUGCAACAAAUGAAGAGAGGUGAUCUUUUUUUAAAAAAAAUCAUUUGAUAACUGAUUGAUUUUUUUUUUAACAGAGAAAAUGACAAGACUGACCUUGACAUUAUAAGAGAAAACCACAGAUUCUUGUGGAGAGAGGAAGAUGAAGCUGACAUGAACUGGUAACUUGGGCUGGGAUUGAUCUCAUUUAUUUCUCUCUUGUAUAAAUAUGUUAAUUCAUACAUAGUCUUUUUAUGUAAAAUGACUUGAUAAACUUAAGGAGUCUAAUAGUACACCUUUGUGGCUAAUACACUCAUGAUUCGAGUGAGUGGGAAUUAUUGUUGUGCAUUGCCAAUUAAAAGAAAUCUAGUGAUUUGUUUUUAAUGCUACAAAACAAGGCAUCUUCAAAGCUGUUUCUCAGCUGUGUGUUAGGCUGCCAUUCUAUACACCAGAUGUGCAGAACUUGUGGCUCUCUAGAUGUUGUUGGGCUGUAGCUCCUCUCAUUCUUUACCAUUGGCUAGCCCUUAUCAUGCUAGCCAGGACUGAUGGGAGUUGUCCAACCGGCCCACCAAUUCUCUACACCUCUAUAUUCACUAUCCCCAUUUAAACACAGGGUGGUUUCUGCAUAAAUGCAUAGGAUGUUAAAGUAUUUAAAGAAAAGGUCAUUGAAUUGUGCUUUUUCUUUAAUUUUCUGUGACAGCUGUACAUUUAUAAAACUACCUUGCUAGUAUUCCUGCCUUUUUAAUAUAAGAUAAAAAGAUAGAAAAUAACUUCUAUCUUUUGCCAACAUUUGCGUUGUCUAACCAACUAACCCAUAAUUAUGUCUCCGUCUUUCAGGGAGAAGAGGCUUAGCAAGAAGUACUACGAUAAAUUAUUCAAGGAGUACUGCAUAGCAGAUCUGACUAAAUACAAAGAGAACAAGGUACAUGCUGGACAAAUUUUGUAACUCGGGGGCUGUCUGUGUUCAUCUAAGUGAAUGUAAUAUCUCUUAAGGCAAUAUAUGCUGUUUCAGAGACUAUAGGUAGAAACGUAGCCAGUAUCUUAACACCUGUGGCCAAUAAUAGGUACUGUAGAGAGAAUGUCCUGGUUUGCAUGUAAUCAUAAGCCAAAAUAUAGCCUAGUGUGAACACACAAGAAUGCAGGUUCUCAUGGAGGUGACUGUGGCUGCUUUAUAGUAUUAGAGCUCAUGGACAUCCUAUGAAGCUGAAUGUUGCAAGAUUCAGAACAGACAGAAGAAAUUACGUAUAGUGAUACCUCUGGUUAAGAACUCGAUUUGUUCUGGAGGUCCGUUCUUAACCUGAAACUGUUCUUAACCUGAGGUACCAAUUUAGCUAAUGGGGCCUCCUGCUGCCGGAGCACGAUUUCUGUUCUCAUCCUGAAGCAAAGUUCUUAACCCGAGGUACUAUUUCUGGGUUAGCGGAGUCUGUAACCUGAAGUGUCUGUAAUCUGAAGCGUCUGUAACCUGAGGUACCACUGUACUUCUUCACACAGUGCAGAGACACUAUGGAAUUCACUCUUACAAGCUGUAGUGAUAGCCGCCAAUUUGGAUGGCUUUAAAACAGGAAUAGACAAAUUCAUGUGGAAUAUUGCUAUCAGUGUUUACUACCCACAGUGGUUUUUGCUGUGGGUUACACUUUUUACCUGCUUGCACCUUGCUGAAAAUGCAGAGGCUGAACAGGACUUUGGCUCAGACAAAAGUGGACAUAAGACUAUUAUGCAUAACAGUGCUUUGUCUAUUCCUUGUCAUUUGAUGAUAAAAAGGGAGUAUAGCUAGGAGGCCAGUAUGUUGGAUCUAGAUCAGCAAAUUGGAACUACCAACUUUUCUGUACAGUGUUAUUUGCAGUCUUUCUUUCUUUUCAAAGCAGGGUUUUUUGGAGAGGGAAUGCCCUUGAAUGAAAGUACACAUCAUAGUCUUAUUCAUUACACAGCUUUUUAAAUGGGGUAUGGUGAGAGAGGAUGGCAGGGCGAAGACCCCAGGAAUGCAUAUAUCCUGUAUUACUUCCCCAGAGUGCUCUUUUCACCUCUCUGUCCCCUAUCUGCACAGACAAUUCAUACCAUCUAUAUUUGUUACUGUUUCGCCAGUUCUGGAGAGGCUUGCAGGUACAGAUCUGACCUGGCUAGUCAUACAAAGGAGCCUGGGGUUCCUGUAGGAGUUGGAGGCUCUCAGAUAGGCCUUGAUCCCAGCAGUCACCUUCACAGGUUUCCCCUGCUCCCAGGUAGUGUCAUGCAUCUAGCUGGGUAUUUCACUGGCACCCCUGAAGCUCAUGAUCAUCUCAUUACCUGCUCUGCUCCUGGGACCAUGAACAAGUUGUUGAUCUCUGUGAUAAGACAUUAUGAAAAAGUUGGAAUGCCCUUGUGUUUGGGUCAAGAUUCAGGAUGGCAGUGUCUUCUGAACAAAUAAAAGGUUAUCCUGCAACUUGCUGCAAGAUUUAAAUGGUACAGAGGAAGUACGGAAAGUUGGAUUAAAGUAAAUACUUUGAACUUAUAAAGUGGAGGAAGAGCAACCUAGAGUGACACCAGAAGCAAUUCCAGGCGAGGGUGGAUCUUACCAAUUCAUAUUUUAAUCAUUCCUAUUUCUUGCCUACUAGCAGUUAUCAGAGUCUAUGAAAUCCAUUCUUACCAUUGUCUUACCAGCUACCAUUCCUACCAUUGUAGCUCAAUAUCAUAAUUCAGUGAUAGUGAACUAGAAAAAUAAAUUUGCAAUACCUGAGGCAUAAGAGAAAUAUCUCAGUUGCACUGGAUGCACUGAAUGUGUAAGUGCAAAAUACUUACUGCAUGUCUUUUAUUCUUCUAACAGUUUGGAUUUAGAUGGAGACAUGAGAAAGAGGUUGUGUCAGGAAAAGGCAAGUUGUUAUUUUUUUUUUUUCUUAUUGUGGUUUGAAUUCUAACUUCUAUGAGCAGAGUUCUGUUCAGAGAAUGGGGCUUCCCGCUGCAGCCCCUGCCCCCAGUUGUUGUUUGCCAGCUGAUAAACCUUUUGUAACAUUAUGAGACUUAGUGUGGAAGGGUGCAGCUAGGAGGGGAUUCUCCCUUGGUCUUUAUGCUCACAUAGGGAACUUUGAGAUCUAAGCCUUUUUGAAUCAAUGUUUUUACUUGUUCUCUCUUACUUAUUACAUUGUCACAUAAUGACUAUUUUUUUCAAGAUAUACACGAUAACAUGAAAUUAGCUUACAGUGGUGCCCCGCAAGACGAAUGCCUCGCAAGACGGAAAACCCGCUAGACGAAAGGGUUUUCCGUUUUGGAGAUGCCAUAAAAGCAAUUUCCUAUGUGUUUGCUUCGCAAGGCGAAACUGUCUUGCGAGUUCCUCGUGAGGUUUUUUCCUUUCCCCCCUUUUCCCAAGCCGCUAAACCGCUUAUCAGCUGAUGGCUAAGCCGCUUAUCAGCUGAUCUUUAAGCCAGCAACAGCUGAUGCUAAGCCGCUUAUCAGCUGAUCUUUAAGCCGCUAACAGCUGAUGCUAAGCCGCUUAUCAGCUGAUCUUUAAGCCGCUUAUCAGCUGAUCGUUAAGCCGGCUAAGCCGCUAAUACUGUAGCGCUAAGCCGCUAAACCUCUAAUGGGCUUGCUUCGCAAGACGAAAAAACCCGCAAGACGAAGAGACUCGCGGAACGGAUUCUUUUCGUCUUGCGAGGCACCACUGUAUAUCGUUCUGUCAUGGCAGUUAGCAUUUCUAGAGUGCUUUAAUGAUCUGGGUGGAGAAUAGCUGAGAAACAAGCUUAAUUUCAUUUAGUAUUUAUUGUUUCAAGAAGCAUUUGCUAAUGCAACCAUAGGUAGUAAAGUAGACAGGGCAAGAGGACUGUUGAUACCAACAUGACUCCUUAUGGGGUCUUCGCUGCGAGAUCAUAUUCAUCCAGUACUAUACCAGCUGCACUGGCUCCCGGUGGAGUACAGGAUCAGGUUUAAGGUGCUGGUUUUAACCUUUAAAGCCCUAUACGGCCUAGGACCCUCGUACCUACGGGACCGCCUCUCCUGGUAUGUCCCACAGAGAAAUUUACGGUUUGCAAAUAAAAACACCCUGAAGGUCCCAGGCCACAGAGAGGUUAGGCUGGCCUCAACUAGAGCCAGGGCUUUCUCGGCCGCGGCUCCAAUCUGGUGGAACGCUCUGUCACAAGAGACUAGGGCCCUGCGGGACCUGACAUCUUUCCGCAGGGCCUGCAAGACAGAGCUGUUCCACCAGGCCUUUGGUCAGGCUGCGCCCUGACCCCUCCUCGGGCAAUCUGCACAGAAUUUUGCUUAAUGGUUGCCAUCAAUUUGAUUUUAAUUGAUUUUAAUUAAUUUUAUAAUGAAUGUUUUUAGAAUGUUGGAUUAUUUUGAUUGUUGUUAGCCGCCCUGAGCCCUGGGGAGGGCGGGAUAUAAAUAAAAAUUUAUUAUUAUUAUUAUUAUUAUUAUUAUUAUUAUUAUUAUUAUUAUUGUUAUUGUUAUUAUUUUGUAUGUCUCACUCCUUGACAGUCCAUUCCAUCUUUUCUCAUGCCUGCCUAUUGAUGCAGGCUCUGGCUGGUAGAGUUUCCCUUUCCUGCUGCAGCUCCCUGUGCCUCCACAACUAAGUUGGGCCAUCCUCUGGAGCUGUGUAGCUGGUGGUAUUGGGGCUGCAGGGGUGAGGAGAGAUUGGUAGAAGCCGCAAAUGCAAUUUUCUCCAGUUGGAGCUUCUGCUGGCUUGGAACCAUAGAUACUUUGUAAUUUAUAGAAAGUUUGAAGAUAUAAAUAUAUCUGAUCAAGUUCCAGUAAACAAUGUAUAGGAAGCACAGCUGUGCUAUGGAUAGCUUCUUGUGACAGUUUCUUGUUCUAGCAAUGCAGUAGUCCGCUAAUAUAUAUUCUGCAUUUAUUUAUUGUUUCUCAGUUAUUAUUUCUGAAACCAUAGGCUGUCUUCACAAAGACAGCUGCAGUUACCAGCAGCUGUUAGCAUAGAUCAAUAAUAUAGUUCACCACUAAGGGGCGCAAGCAUUCAGCAAUUUUGUAAACAUUUCUAGAUGCAGUUGUGUAAUCUGUUUUGCAGAAUUUACUCUUGCAAAACAAGUUUUGUAUAUUAUUUUAUUAGCAUUCUCAAAUCAAACAUUAUUCUGAUUUUGCAUACAUCUCAGCAUGGCAAUAGAAGCUGUUUAAAGCUUCUCCCAGCCCAGUAUGUAAGAAAAACAACAAACAGUGACAUUAGUUUUAAAAUGACAUUUUCUUCCGAAUUCUGGUUUGGCUUCCUAGCUAUCAUUUAAUUAAACAAGUUGUGUUUUCCUUCCAUAACCAGGUUGAGGUUCAUAUCAAAUGUUUUCAUUGUAGUUAUUUUGAUGCCAGACGUUCUUGUAGGAAACUGAUUUUGUAGAUCCAUUUCAGUCAGGGUUUAGGUCUGCUUUUGGCACAGAAAGAGCUUUGGUCACCCUGUAUGAUGAACUCUGUUAGGAGAAAGACAGUUUUCCUUGACCUCUCAGUGGCUUUCAAUACUGUUGACCAUGGUAUCCUUCUAGCGUGGCUGUCGAAGUUAGGGUGGGUGUCACUCCUUUAUGGUGAUUCCCAUCCUACUUGGAUAGUCGUUUCCAGAGGGUGAUGCUUGGGAAGUACCAAGACCCAUCUUCAGACCCGGGGAGCCUUCAAUGUGAGGUUCCUUCAGGGUUCGUUUUUAUCCUCCAUGCUGUUUAAUAUUUACAUAAAGCUGCUGAGUGGGGCUAUCUGGAGGUUUGGAGUAUGUUGUGAGCAAAGAGCUGAUGACACACAGCUCUCCUCCUCCUUUCUAUCUGCAGGUGUGGCAGUGGAUGUGCUGGACCACUGCCUUACCUCAGUAAUGGACUGGAUGAGAGCCAACAAACUGAAGCUCAAUUCAGAUAAGACUGAGGCAUUGUUAGUGGGAGGUUCCUAGAUGGAUGGGAGGUUGCCUGCUCUUAAUGGGGUUACACUCCCUCUGAAGGAACAGGUACACAGCAUGGGGCUACUUCUGGAUCCUUUGAGGCUCAGGUGGGCUCGGUAGUGCAGAGUGCCUUCUGUCAGCUACAGCUGGUGGUUCAGCUACGCCCCAGAUAACUACUGUUGCCUAUGCUCUGGUAUCCUCUAGGUUAGAUUAUUGCAGCACGUUAUACGUAGGGCUGCCUCUGAAGAUGGUUUGGAAACUUUGGCUGGUGCAGAAUUCAGCACCCAGGGUGCUCACCAGGGCAAGGCAGUUUGAGCAUAUUACACCUAUCCUGGCUCAACUGCACUGGCUGCCAAUUAGUUUCUGGGCCCAAUUCAAAGUGAUGUUUUUCACCUAUAAAUCCUUAAACAGCUCAGGACCACAAUGCUUCAAAGACCACCUCUCCCCAUAUGAACUGACCCAGACCCUGCAAUCGUCAUCCAAGGCCCUUAUUCAUGUGCCUCCUCCGUGAGAGGUCUGGAGGGCAGCAACACAAGAAAGAGCCUUUCCUGUGGUAGCUGCCUGUUUGUGCAAUGCUCACCCCAGGGAGGCUCGCCUGGUGCCUUCAUUACUUAUCCUUAGGCACCAGAUGAAAACACUUCUCUGUAACCAGGCCUUUGGCUGAUUAAACAUUAUAUGGCCUUUAAAUGUGUUUGUGGGAGGGGGAUUAUUGGUUUGGUUUGGUUUGGUUUUGUUAUGUAAUUUGUUUUUGCAUUUCACAUUUUUAUGUUGUGAAACACCCUGUGAUCUUCAGAUGAAGGGUGGCAUACAGAUUUAAUAAAUAAAUAGUUAUACCAACCACGAACAGGAAAUAUUGCGCCAAACCACUAGGACGUAGAUAGAGCGCAAUGACUCCAGCAAGUGAGUUAAGAGAUACAGUACGGCUGAGAGUGAAGCAUCCAGAGAUACUUGCCAAUCAGCUGUCAGAGAAGAUUCCUCCAUACCACUAAACAAAGUGAUCAGCCUAACCCUUAAGUGACUUAAAUCCCCUCUUCCAAGGUUCCCCAACGGCUGUUUUGUGCCACAGCAGCUCAAGCCUUUGAGGGUCCUUAAAUAUAUUUUGAUUCCUCCCCUCUUAGAUUAAGAGCUCUGUUGUGUCUAAAAAUCAGCCUAUUAAUCAGGCACAUCCUUUGUCUCCUUUGUGCAUAUGUCUUGAAGCAUGGGCUACAAUCCCAACCCAUCACCAUCAGCCAGAGUUUUAAUGCUGGCAUCAGAUUGCUGUAAGUGUAAAUUAAAACAAAAUACACCGUAUUGAUUAAACAAACAAACAAACCCUGAUGCUUCCCGUUUGUGUGUUUUGUAUAAAUAUUCAAAUGUUCUUUUAACCAGGGUUGACUGCGUGUCUCUUAAUUUAUUUGGAGAAGUAAAUGAGCAGCAGCAUUCUGUGCUCUUUGGUUCCUGCUUUAGCAUUACGGUUGGUUUUGCACAGCAGAAGUGAAGUAUCUGAGGACACUGUCAAUCCAUUGGUUAGCAGCUUAGGCAGAACAUUCUGAGGUUAAUCUUUCAAAAACAGUUCUGGAGGUGAGCCUAUUAAUACAGAUAGUUACCACUCGCUAGGCAUGGGGAUGUCUCAUUUUCCGAGAGGCAGUAUGUCGCUGGUACUACACACGGGGUUAGGAACACAACAGAGCCAGUGAAAUCAAACGAGAUGUUGGGCUUUCAUUUGUGGGACAUGCUGAAACAAGGCUGCCACAUGCUGUGCCCGUUUCGUUACUGAAGUUCAGCAUCCUAAGAAAGACGUGCACAGUACAGAGUCCAGCUACGCAUCCCUAUCAGGGGUUUUAAAUGGUUUGUUCUGAAUUGCAGCACAACCUUCACUCCAACACAACACUCCCCUUCACUGGAGGUUUUUAAGCAGAGGUUGUUUUAAUGGCCAGCUGUCAUGGACGCCUUAGCUGAGAUUCUGCUAGGUGACUCUCAAGUGUGCCUUGCAACUCUGCAAUUCUAUGAUUCUGUGGCAACCUGCUUUUGGAAAACCUGGGGAAGUUUCAACAGGUUAAAACGUGGCAUAAAGUGGGGUUGGAGAGGUGGGGAGAAUUAACAAAAAUAAUUUAAAACACACAAAGGAGUCACCAGGAUCAGGAACAUCAGUGCCAGUACCCAGGGGAGGUCUGGGAUGAGUUGGCACACUGCUGUUACCCCCGUGGUGCCGAGAAGGGCAUGUGGGUCUGCAAGGGGCUUCCCCUCAAGGAAAAGCCCUUGCAAAUCCUCCCCACCCUGCUGGGUGAGAGGUGAAGCAUUCUGUGCAGCUGGGCCACCCACCCUGCUCCACUCCUAGGGGUGGGGGAGACCAGCGGCAAAGCUGGACAGCAGAACGUGGUUCCACCAUGGCCCCACCAAAGCCAUGGCCCCACCCCUUGCCUGGGGUGCUUCUCUGGUGGCAGUGGGGUGGGCUGGGUGACUGUGGGAACACCCCCUGGGGUAGCUGCUUCACCCCGCCUCAUCAGUGGGCUGGCUCUGCCAGUAUCCAUCCCAGUAAUAAGCGGCAUGGAGAAGCAAGAGUGGAAGCUCUCCCAGAAGUGGGUUUAGGGCAACACAACUGGUUCAGUUGCACUGGGCGUGGAGCCUCAGGGCCGCUGCAACCAUGGUUUAGAAUGCAGGAUGAAAAACAGGGUGUUGCACAGGGCGCCACUGAAAUUUGAGACCCCACAGUCCACUACUGCUCCAGCUACCACCACCUCUGAAGCUGCACUGGCUCACACUGGCCCGAGCAGAAGGUGGGAGGGCAGGUUCCUUUUCUUUUUGUUAUUCUUCCCCUGGGGUUAGGCCCCCUGGGGAUCCACCUCCCCAUGCUUUAUAAUGUUCCAGUUUGGGGUUUGUCACUGGUGGGAACUUGACUCCUUCCUAGGCAUAGCAAGGGCUUCUGUCAUGGGGCAGCCCCCACCCCCCACACAGCAGAGUUCUUUUCUAACACCCCUCCAGCCAUUGAAAUAGGCAUGCUGGUUUAGGAUUGUGCACUAAUGGAAUGAUUUCAAUAUAUUACUCAUAUUUCUCAAUGUCUUAGAUUUUGGACCAUAGAACUGUAUGGGUAUGGCAUUCCAGGACCAUCAAAUAAUUACGUAGAACCAAGGAAACAGUGUUAUUGCACUUGCUUGCUCUUGCAAUAUAUUAUUUUUCUUCCCUUGCCUAUGCAAAGUGCUGGAGAGUGUAUCUGAUUUACACUAACCUAAUCUUCAUUGUAAAUACCGCAUGAUGUUAUAAUAAUAAUAACAUUUCCCCAGCCACUCUGGGCGGCUCACAGCAUAUAUCGAAACAUAUUGAAACCUUAAACAUUAAAAACUUCCUGAUACAGGGCUGCCUUCAGAUGUCUUCUAAAAGUCAGGUAGUUGUUUAUUUCCUUGACAUCUGAAGGGAGAGUGUUCCACAGGGAGGGUGCCACUACUGAGAAGGCCCUCUUGUUAAAUAAACCUAGUAGUAGUUUCCUUAACAGUUAACUUAAUUGUUAGCAACUUACCUGGGGAGAGAUAAAUUUAGUGCGGUUUUCUGUUUUGCCUGCUUUCUAGGUCAGUUUUCCUGUGGAAGUAAGCACUGUGAUGAGAAAGAAGGCUUGAAGAGUUGGGAGGUGAAUUUUGGUUAUGUUGAGCAUGGCGAAAAGAAAAACGCACUUGUUAAAUUAAGUGAGUUCUAACAGUGAGCUUUGAUUUUUAUUUUUAUUUAACAAUACACUGCUUAAUUUUAAGAAAACCUCAAAGUGGUUUAGUCGGCUAAUUAUAAAUGGAUCUGGCCAGCUGAAUUAUUACUGUUGAUGCUCACUCGGGGUAGAAAAUUACAUUAGGACUUUUAUAAACCCCAUUACAGGAUUUUUUAAAGUACAGAGUUCACAAAAGGGGAGUGCAGUCUGGAUCCAUUCCAAACCAGCUGAUUUCUGUAGAAUGUGGAUUGUUUGGCUUUGCUGUAAACCACCUUCUGCAGCAAAAGAGGAGGUGAGCAGGGAGCAAAUGAGCCGAACCCUUUGCUCAGGCUCAUCCCUCUAGUGGUUAAAUUAUGUCUUAGUGUUGUGUUCAAAGGCCACCAAAGAUUUCUUUGGUUGAACAACAGGGUAGUCCAACACAUAUCUACUCAAAAGUAAGUCCCAUUGAGUUUGGUUAUGCUUACCCCAGCGUAGCACUAAGUGGGGCAUGCACACAAGGAACAAGGUCUGCUCUUUCUAUGAGACUUUCCCACUCUCUCCUCCCCCUGUGCGACUCCCCCAUGUGCCCUAAACCUGUCCUGGGGGUCCCAGCAACGCUCCAGAGGACAUUUGGGCAGUGCGGAUGGGAGGAGAGUGAGGAAAUUCCUUCUGUGCGGGCAGACCUCAUUCCACACGCACACACAACAACUUAGUUGAAAACCUCCACGAGUGUUUUUUAAUAAUGCGUUUCCGAUUUAUUUAUUAAAAGGCAGAAUUAGUGCUGACGGUUUUGAUUAGUGUGCAGCAUGUGUGACAUGCUAGACAUGGCAAUCUUACAAAAACUGAGGAUAUGGGUAUAAUUGAUGUUAGAUGUAAAAUUUAUGGGGAUAAUUUAAUUCCUCUACAUUUAAUUCUUCUUUUUCCCCUCUUUUUUAAGGGCUUUGUCCCGAAUGCUCUUACAAAUUAAACUUUCACCACAGGUAACGAAAGUACAGUCUUUGUAUAUAUAUAUGGGUAUAUUGAGUUGUAUGCACAAUGCUAUGUCGGCAGGGUUAUGUUUCGUCUCCUCCCCUUGGUGUAUUUGCAACAUUGCAGGGGAUCGGACUUGAUGACCUUUGGGGUCACGCCCAAUUUUACAAUUCUAUGAUUCCAUGAUCUGCUCCAGUGAGUUCCCCAACAGAUGUUUGCCACAACCUGAAAUUAUCUUCCUCUCCCAAGCAACUGUUUCCAGCUUUUCCAAAACUGAAAUCUCAGCUGUUGGAUUGGGGAGCAGAGCCUUUGCUCUUUGCUAGUCCAGCUAGGAAUAUACACAUAUGGAAAUCUGCUUGUGUAUGCGUAAAGUCCCCUCAUGCCCUAUGCCGCCUAGGACCCACAUACCUACGGGACCGCCUCUCCUGGUAUGCCCUGCGGAGGACCUUAAGGUCCACAAAUGACAACAUUUUGGAGGUCCCGAGCUGCAAGGUGGUUAGAUUGGUCUCAACUAGGGCCAGGGCCUUUUCAGUACUGGCCCCAACUUGGUGGAAUGCUCUGUCACAACUAGGGCCCUGCGGGACUUGACAUCUUUCCGCAAGGUCUGCAAGACAGAGCUGUUCCGCCUGGCCUUUGGUUUGGACUCAGUCUGACCAUUAUGUUUCCCUCCCCUUAUGGUCUUGAUUUAUCGUCUACUUUUAAAAUGAGGCUGCAUUUUAAAUUGCAUUUUAACCUGUAUUUUAAAUUGGUCCCCCCCCCCCAAUUAUGUUUUUACUGUGAUUUUAUUGGUGUUAUCCGUCCUGAGCCCAGAUCUGGCCAGGGAGGGCGGGGCAUAAAUUAUUAUUAUUAUUAUUAUUAUUAUUGGAUUGGGGAAACGUGUAUGCAUGUUUAUUGACACUUCUUCUACUUUCCUGGUUCAAGAACUGAUUGAUAGCAUUACACAGUUCUGGGGUUAAGCUUUGAUUCAGGUUACACUCUGCACCUUUAUGUUCAACUAAGAUGUGGCCCUUUUUUGGAAGCAGCUGAGUUGGCUCAAACUUUUUCUCUUUUAUUAGAGCAUAAAGGAAACAUCUUUUCUUACACAAAAAACAUCCAUGCUAUGUUCAAAUUGAUCAGUUUCAAAACAUCAAAUUUACUGAUUUUUUCAGGGUUGGCUGUUCAGGAAUUAUAAAGAGCCCUUCCCCACCCACCAUAUAUUUCUGUAAUACUUUUGUUGCUGGAUAAACACAUUGAUAGAACUUUUAACACCCACUCCCUUUUAUAAAGGAGGAAGGAAGUCACACCAACGAAAAAGAGAGCAAGCACAGAACAAAGCUCCAAAGCUUCAAAGAAAACAAGAUUAUCUUCACCUCACAGACACAAGCCAAAGAAAAGAAAGAGCCAUAAAGGUAAAAGAAACCUUUAUGCUUAAAGCAAGGUUGUUUUAAAAUGUUAACAUUCAUAGUUGAAUGUUUGACUCUACAUGUACAUUUCGUGGUUUGGAAAACCGCUAGCCGAUUCGACUCAGGAGGAUUUGUGUGCCUGUGGGAUGCCAGAUCACAUCUGGUUGUGAGAGGAAAGGACAAACAUGGGAGGAAGAGGGGAGCUGGGAAAAUGCCUGGUCUAUUUCCUACAGGUGGGAAGGUUUCCCAAGUAGGUUUGAAAGCAAAUCUCUCUGUCCUGGGGUGCUUCUAACCUGACAUUUCAAGCCAAACCUUGGUUUCAGGUGCUAAAUUAAGAUUAUCUGUGUUUCAUGUGGUCUGCAAAUUACGGCUGAGGGUAGAAGGAGAAUUUGUGCACAGGAGGCCUGGUGGAGGAAGCAGCCUGUUGUCCGAUGAACUAGCCUUUAUGUCGUCCUGGGUCACUAUGUUUAUGUUGGACAUUUAGCAACAUUUCAUGGUAAACUCAUUUGCUGAAAACUGACAUUUAGGUAUUAACCAAAAGCAUUUGUUAUAUAUUUGAGACUUACUAGUUAAAAACCAUAAUUAUUAUUUUUUAGCAUUUCUCUCUGGCCUUAUCAAAUGCCAGGAAUUGCUAGGUAGAUGUUGAGUUUCUAACAUGAUAUUUGUACAUGUAUUUUAAUAACCAGACGUGUAACUAACAUAAAAUUCUAAAAAUGUCUCUUUUCAGAUCAGACAUUCUUAGAAGAAUCAGACGAUUCUGACAAAGGUAACUAAAUUGCAGGUGAAAUCUUGAUUUUUGGCUUAAAGGAGUGGUGGGCCCAUUACCGCAGCCACAUUCCUGUUGAGCAUGUCAGUCAAAGUGGAGGAGAGGCAGGCAGGUCCCUGGGCCAGCCUGGAGCCUGGCCUCCUAAACGCUUGUGACCCAGAUAGACACAUGUUGCCCGUUCUGUAAAAUGCCGGCAAGAAGCUCAUGUUACCAGGAGAUUUUCUACCCCAAGUAAGCAUUAAGUGCCGUGCUCCAAAUUCUUUCCUUUUUUAAAAAAAAGUACUUAGGUGCUGCCAGAUGUACAAAGAUGUGGAUUGGGGGCUGCAUUUUGAAUACACAUUCAAAUGUCCAUUCCACUGAACGCAAUGCAGAGUUGAUAGGUGGCAAGAAAGUACAUUCUGAUGCUAAUGUGGAAGUGCAGAAAAUUACAGUUUGUAAUCCAGCAGCCGAUAGGCUGUUGGGACCCAAACCACAUUGGCUAUUUAGUUGCAUUGCAUCUUUUGCCUUGUUUAAAAAAGAUACUUUGUUUGGGAUUAGGAAAAGAGGUGAUAAACACAAGUCAUUUAAACCUGCAAAAGUAUUUGUUCCUCUUAUGCCUUCAUGCAGUUGGGCUGUAGCCCACAAAAUCACAUGCCAAAACUACCUGUUUAGGAAGAAAAGCACACCAUGAUUACAAAGGGAUGAAUUUUAAAGAGGAAAGGCUUGGUCAGUCUUUUUCACAAUGUUGAUAUUGGAAUAUAAGCUAGCUAAAUAUAGUUGCAGCUUAUCCAUAAGCCUGUUGUUCCUAAUUCUUCUCCUGUUUUAUUAUUUACAAAAAAUAGAUUGAGAAUGUUACCUUCAUUGGAUUGUGAAAGACUUGUUAUUGAAGAAAAUGCUUUGAGAUUAUUAUUUUUGUUGUUGUUGUUGUUGUUGUUGUUGUUGUUGUUGUUGUUGUUGUUAUAUUUACACCCCACCCAUCUGGCUGGGUUUCCCCAGCCACUUUGGGCAGCUUACAAACAUAGUUUAAAAUGUGACAUUCCUAAAAUCAUUUUAAAUGCUACUCUUUCAUUCACAGAUUCUGUCAAUAAUGACGAGCAAGAUGGUCCCUCAGAUGCUGAUUUUUGGAAGGGUCCGCCACAAGAAACUGAAGAGAAAACACGGUCAGUUUUUUAAUGAGUAGCUGUUUGUUUUAAAACAAUGGUGCUUAUUUAAAAUAAAUAUAAUUAUGUCAUUUUUCCUCAAAUUUGUAACAAUUACAGUUAACCUUUAUGGGCAGAUGUCCUCCUUCAGUAAACGAAACAGAGAAGAGAACUCCUCUCUGUAAAUUGCAGACUUAUUUGGAGACUUUGUAAAAUGAAAUUUGCUCUGCCUCUAAAAGAGGGAAAGUGGCGGGCAAAUCGCGUAGUCAAAAAUCUAUCAGCCAGGGCCAGUCAUACAACAGGGUGAAGACAGACAGCACCAGCCUUAGAAGGAAGGUAACAAUUGGUGUCUGGGAGGUUCAGGAAGACAUUUUAAAUGUGGGCAAGGAUGCAGUUUGGGCCUCACUGCAGGCAGCACCAUCCUUUGGGAACAUUCCCCUUUGAUUUCAAUCUUCCCAUAGGUUUCUCAGUUUUGUUUCAGCCAUUUCACACAUUUGAAUGAUCUAACAACCCUGGCAUUACUGUUUGCGCACGUGUUAUCUAUUUGCAAGAUUGGUACAGCACCUCUGCCAUGCCACCAUAAGUUGUAAGCAUUUUUGUAAGCAUAUGUUUGCUUAACAAUAUGCCCCAAUGGUGCAAUGUUUUUGUUAGCACAGACCCUGCCCGUACACCUAAAAGGUGUACCACACCUUAGACUGAAAAAUGUCCUUGUGAGUAAAUGAAAAUGACUGCAUGCAUGUCCGCCCCGUCCGCCCCCAGUGCUUCUUAAUACCAUUUGCUAUUGUUUUACAGGGAAGAAGAAUUUGAUGAGUAUUUUCAAGACUUAUUUCUCUGA